AUGUGCCAUACCAGCUGCUCCUCAGGCUGCCAGCCAGCCUGCUGCGUGUCCAGUCCCUGCCAGCCAACCUGUUGCGUGCCCAGCUCCUGCCAGGCAUCCUGCUGCGUGCCUGUGGGCUGCCAGUCCUCGGUGUGUGUGCCCGUGAGCUUCAAGCCAGCCGUGUGUGUGCCUGUGAGCUGCCAGUCUUCUGUGUGUGUGCCUGUGAGCUGCAGGCCCAUUGUGUAUGCGGCCCCCUCCUGCCAGUCUUCCCUGUGCGUGCCUGUGAGUUGCAGGCCCAUCGUGUAUGCGGCUCUCUCCUGCCAGUCCUCUGGGUGCUGCCAGCCCUCCUACACCAGCGUCCUCUGCAGACCCAUCUCCUGUGGCAUCCCUUCCUGCUGCUGACCACGAAUCUCCAGACCCGCUGCUCCCAGUGCAGAUGAGGCCACACCUGUACACUCCCCGGAUGAGUCCUCAGUUGGUGUUCUGCACAUGGGGCAGGUGAAAAGCACGUUCAGUGAACCCUCUGAAUUCUGGAUCGAGAAUAUGACAGAAUGAUCCGGAGCCCUUGCUGACCUUGCCCAUCCCCCUAGGGAAGUCCGGGGUCCCAGAGUCAUUCUCUGACUCCA